UCCAUCUUUUUCUCUCCAUUUUUUUUAACUCCUUCAUGGUUUUAUCAUCAACUGAUAAACAACUCCUUUACACAUUUUUUUCUUCUUAUUUUACACUUGAAGAUUUAACUGCUCCAAAGCAAUUUAUACUGAUAAACAACUCAUUCACCUUUUUGUGCUUGAAAGCAAUUUAUACUUUUACAACUCCCACAAAUUACCCGUGUGUUUUCCCUUCUCUUCUUUCUUCACCGACCCUAAAUGCACACCCCACAUCCCACACCCACUCUUAUACGAUGCACUCACCACCAGUCACCAUCGUUCAUCUGCUCACUAUAGCGCCAUUCCGCUGCACCGUCGAUGCACCAUCCCGUUGCACCGUGGUUGCGCUAUCCCCUGCUCGACGCUGCUGCGUUGUGUCGUUGCUCGCCACUAUGCCAUCCCGUUGCGAAGUCGCUGCGAUGUCGCACUGCUCGAACAACUUAGUUCAGACAUGGAGAAUCAGCAACUCACGUUUUGGAAGUCCAAUUAUGAAAUUGAUGACUAUCCAUUUGCACCUACGUGCCAAUUUUCUUCAUAUGAUUAUUGCAGCUGGGGUAAUGCCAAUGAUGGGUAUCAUUGGCCAUAUGAAUUUCCUUUGCAAGAUAGCUAUCUUGAUGCUAUCCCUUAUAUGAAGUGUUAUUAUCCUCAUGACAUUUUGUAUGAAAGUACUCUUCCCAUUGAACCAACCUCACUAAGCAUAAGAGACUAUGACUUUUCAGAUGUUAAAAAUGUGCUUUCUGCGUUGAACGAAACCGAUGGUUCGGAUCAUAAACCUGCUUUUUCAUCAUGCAAUGAUGGAGAAAGUGUAGAUGAAAUGCAGGAAGAUUUGAAGGGUAAGAAAUGCAGAGAAGAGGGAAUUAGUAGCAGUGCGAAAAUGUUGUCAAGGAAAACCGUUUCUCAAUACUUUUACAUGCCAAUAUCUCAAGCCGCAAGAGAGCUCAAUGUGGGCCUCACACACUUGAAGAAAAGGUGUAGGGAGUUAGGAAUUCAGAGGUGGCCACAUAGGAAGCUACUGAGUCUUCAAACCCUAAUAAAGAAUAUACAAGAGCAAAGAGAGACCGGGGGCCAUGAAAAUGAUGAAAAAACUAGGGCUGCCAUUGAGAUCUUGGAGAGAGAACAGAGGAAGGUGGAGGAAAUGCCGGAUUUGGAACUUGAGGAUAAUACAAGAAGGCUUAGACAAGCUUGUUUUAAGGCUAACUACAAGAAGAGGAAACUCAUGGGGAUGAGGCUCAUUGAACCCGAUUCUUCUCUUAGUGGUCUAUUUAACAAGUAUUGACACAAGCUAGGGGUGAAUAAAACUAUCAUGAAAUUGAAGCAUAUAAACUAGACACCAACUAUCUUUAGCCUCGUUCUACUUUUAAUAUACAAUGUUAUAUAAUAUUAUCAUAAGGUGUUCAAUCAAGAUUAUAUAUACAUAUAUACGUAUGCUGUGACUAUUCAUAGUGUUCA